AUGUCGCAAAAAAAUAUAAAGAAGCCCUCUAAUUUAUGUCAAACCUACCUUAGUGAACUUUUUUCAAGAUUCCACGCUGAAAUUAAUGAAAAAACUUUAUUCAAAGUGCAAGAUUAUGAAUACAAAAAUCUUAAUACUGAAGUCCAAGAUUAUGAAGAAUGGAUGUCUAAUUUACGUCAAACCUACCUUAGUGACCUUUUUUCAAGAUUCCACGCUGAAAUUAAUGAAGAAACUUUAUUCAAAGUGCAAGAAGAAUAUGAAUACAAAAACCUUAAUACUGAAGUCCAAAAUUUUUUAGUACAGGAUUGGCAGCAAUAUAAAUCAAGAAUUUUACAAAUCGCCCAAAGAAUUGAUAACGAAUUUGUGGUUAAGCAGAAACAAAUCGCAAUUAUUGACCGUCUAAGGAGAAGAACAUAUGGCUCAACGAAAUUAGAACAGAUAGACGGAGUGUUAAAAGUUGGUAGCCUUCAUUUUACAGCGAAUAAGUUAUUUAACUUUGAUGAAGAGAAUGAACAAGAAAGAGUGUAUAUUUACAACCUGAAGGGGACUCCUAAUUCUAAAGCAAAACAUCGAUUAGAAGUAGAA